AUGUCUGAGGAAGAAGCCGUUGCGGCUAUAUACAUGCAGACUGAGGCCCAAAUUGUUCAAGGGGGAGAAGUCUAUGUAGCUAGCAACUGGAUACCGAGCUGCCGCUUGUUCAAGAGCGAGCACUUGCUGUCGGCGGUCGGGCUUAGCCGGACAUUCCCCAGGGCUUGUUCUUUGACGCGUCUCUUGGAAUCCGACGAAAUGGCUGAGAAGUUGAACUAUGCAGCAAUGAGGGCGGCCCAGCUCAAAGCUGAGUUGAAGGCAAAGAAGAUCGGAGUUCCCAACCCUCCAAAGGUAUGUCUCGGGUUUUGGCCGAGAUCCGUCGAAGCCAAGGCUUCAAGAAGAAAAGAGCGGGAUCCUCAGAAAGUGGUCAAGACCGAGAAGGCGUUGGCCAAGUCCCAGGACGAAAAGGCUAAAAAGGCCAAAUCUGUCGAAGUCAAUAGUCCCCGACCGGAGGAGCGGGCAGACAGGUCCGAGGGGACUCGGAUUUCCGUCCAUUCUGAGGACUUCCGACCGGUUCAGAGUCCUCAAUAUACGCCGGCCACUCCUCGCCCUCAUGACGACCCGGAAGAGCUCAACCUUGCGCUGGCCAAACCGUUCGCCGAACUGGAUGCCCACGGGCUCGACACCCGUUGGAUGAAUGCGGUCGAGUGCCUGUACAGCCCCACCGACCGGGAAUACAUUGCGCAGUCCAGCGGCCCGGAGGAGACGAACGACCUCUUCCGCAGCUGGGUUGAGUUCUCCGCUCGGCUGGUCAACGUGGCUCGGAACAAGGUGCACCUGACCGACAAGGUCUCUGACUUGGAGGCUCGAGGCAAGAAGCACUAUGAGGAGCUCCGCGCUGCUAAGGAGGGCCAGAGGAUAGCUGAGGCCGACCUCGUCAAAGCCAAACACUGCAUCGACCGGGACCAAGAAGACUUUAAGGCCGAGCGGGCGCAGUGGGAUUUGGCUAAGCAGAAACUCAUCAAGGAGAGGGAUGAGGCUGUGAUUGCCAAGACCGCUGCUGAGGCCCGAGUGGUGGAGGCGGAGGGCCAAAUUACCCAGCUGCGAUUCCAACUUGCUGAGCUAGAGAAGGCUCCCAAGACCGAGGACCAAUGGUUUGCGGGUUGGAAGGAGACUAAAGCCUGCGAAUUGUUCGUCAACGAGGUCGGCUCGACCGCCCAGAAAAUGGGGGUGGAUGACGCCCUCAAGCGGAUGAAAGCAGCUUUGGGGAGAUCUCAUCCGUCUCUUUCUUGGUCCGAGGUCAUGGGGAGCUAUGAAGCUCUUCUGAAGGAGGAGGAUCAGGCCAUCCUCUCUGAGCUGCAUAUUGCCCUCUCGGAUGAUGACGAUGAUGGUGAUGAUGAAGAGGAUGAUGCGGAAGAGGUGGUGGCUGAUGAGGGACAAGACCAAGGGGUGGCUAGGUCCGAGGAGCAUCAUGGAAGCACCAAUGAUCAGACCGACGCCCCUGUAGCUUAGGCUUUGCUUUGUAUUACAUUUUGUUUUUCGUUUUCUUGGCCUUGGUAGCACCAGGCUUUUAGGAUGUAAAGUUUUCUAACUUCAAUGAAGUCUCUUUUUAUUUUA